AUGGCUGUUGAGGCUCGUCGUAUUAACCUUUUCCCUCCGCAACUCAUACCCAACCGAGAAAUAUUGACCAACCCAAUAGACGCAAGCAUCAUCCACAUGUACAAUACCCAAACAAUCAAUCACUCCAUGCUGCCUCUCUCCGCCGUCACCAUCACCGCCUCGGAUACUCUCUUCUCGGCGGCGCCACCGUUUCCGUACAAUCCCCUCCCUAACAAAACCGCCACCUUGAAAUCCGACAACAGUACUCUCUCCUACAACAACAACGACAACGUCGUUUCGGUUCCCAGGAAGCGAUCCCGAGACUCAAUCAGCAGCUGCCAUUUCCCUUGGUAUCACAAGAACAACACCGACACUUUCUCCUUCCUCGGCGAAGACAUUUCUCUCCACAUCCACCGCCAACAACUCGAUCUCGACAACCUCAUUUCUCACCACAUGGAGAAGGUGAGGGUGGAAUUGGAGGAGAAGAGGAAGAGGCAAGCGAGAAGGUUAAUGGAAGCAAUUGAGGUGGGGAUGAUGAAGAGGCUAAAGGCAAAGGAGGAAGAGAUUUUGAAGAUAGAGAAACUGAACUAUGCAUUGGAAGAGAAAGUCAAGUCUUUGUGCAUUGAAAACCAGAUAUGGCGAGACCUGGCACAAACAAACGAGGCCACAGCCAAUGCCCUCCGAACCAACCUAGAGCAUGUGCUCUCGCAGGUCGGUGCAGACGGCGGAGAGGGUGCCGGGGUUCCGCCGGCAGAGGAGGAGGACGCGGAGUCGUGCUGCGGAAGCAACGAGGAAGGAUGGCGCACGGUAGCGACGGGGGCGCAGGACAAGGAAGGGGAAGGAACAGGCGGAGUAAUGAAUAAUAGUAACGGUGGUGACGAGAGAAGAUUGUGUAGGAAGUGUGGGAAAGAGGAAUCGUGCGUGCUAAUCUUGCCCUGCCGGCACCUCUGCCUCUGCACUGUUUGUGGGUCUACACUGCACAUUUGUCCUGUGUGUAAAUCCUUCAAAAAUGCCAGUGUCCAUGUUAACAUGACUUAA